GCUUUCGAGAACAUCACUGACAAGCUGGUCGGUUAACAGUGAGCCCUCGAUCCGCGCGAACGUUCACCGCGUGUCCUUGUGGUCAUUGAUUAUUCUCGUGACAGAUCUGAGCACCGGGUCCAGAACAGCCUCCAGAUCAGGGUUUGCCCCUUCGGACCAGCACCAAUCUGAGAUGGGGAGACGGAGGGGGCGGGAAGGUUAGUUUGAAGAGGGCAGAGCUUUGCGAGCGGACGCCGAUUUCCCCAUUAGGCAGUUUCACCGCUGGAAGAAAAUUUUAAAAAAAAAGCCGACAAGCAGACAAUAACAGCUGAGGGAGAAAUCAGUCGGACCACACGUCGGAACCCCAUUAACUCCAAGGAAAGGCAGCCGGGCAGAGAGAAGAAACAGCCAGAACGCAUCCCUUACUGCUGCUGCUGCUGGAGUCCUCUGUUUGAACCAAUAUGGCUGCUGCACACUGGAAGCCUAAAUCACUGGACUUGGGCUGGUGGAUCAUUCUCCUGCUCCUCAACCUCCUUCCCGAAGCCAGGGCAGUAGUUGGACACAGAGAGCCGUUGCCUGAUGAUAGUAAAGACAAUAUCACCAUUUUCACCCGAAUCCUUGACAGGCUGUUGGAUGGAUAUGACAACAGGCUACGUCCUGGACUGGGAGAGAGUGUGACAGAAGUGAGGACAAACAUCUAUGUGACGAGUUUUGGGCCAGUGUCGGAUACAGACAUGGAGUACACCAUCGAUGUCUUCUUCCGUCAGAGCUGGAGGGACGAGAGGCUGAAGUUUGACGGGCCCAUGCAAGUUUUACCCCUCAACAACCUCCUGGCCAGUAAGAUAUGGACUCCGGAUACAUUUUUCCACAAUGGAAAGAAAUCAGUGGCCCACAACAUGACGACUCCUAACAAACUGCUACGACUAGUCGACAACGGAACACUUCUCUACACAAUGAGGUUGACCAUUCAUGCUGAGUGCCCCAUGCACCUAGAGGAUUUCCCGAUGGAUGCACACGCCUGUCCUCUGAAAUUCGGAAGUUAUGCUUACACAAACAACGAGGUGAUCUACCUGUGGACCCAGGGAGACGAGAGGUCUGUUGCUGUUGCAGAAGACGGCUCCAGGCUGAACCAGUAUGACUUACUGGGACAUGUUAUUGGCAAAGAAACCAUCAGUUCCAGUACAGGAGAAUACGUAGUGAUGACAACAUAUUUCCAUUUGAAAAGGAAAAUCGGCUAUUUUGUGAUUCAAACCUACCUCCCGUGCAUCAUGACUGUCAUACUGUCUCAGGUCUCCUUCUGGCUAAACAGAGAAUCCGUUCCUGCUCGCACUGUUUUUGGGGUCACCACUGUCCUAACCAUGACCACCCUGAGCAUCAGUGCUAGAAACUCCCUCCCUAAGGUGGCCUAUGCCACAGCCAUGGACUGGUUCAUGGCUGUGUGCUAUGCCUUUGUCUUCUCUGCCUUGAUUGAGUUUGCCACAGUCAACUACUUCACCAAGCGCAGCUGGGCAUGGGAUGGGAAAAAAGAGGGCAUGGAAAUAAGGGAACCGUUUCAGGCUAACAUGGCCAGGAUUAACGAUAUGAGAAGAGAAUCUACGACCUUGUCCAAAAAGGCAAACAACACCUUCAACAUUGUGGGAACCACCUACGCCAUCAACGUUGCUAAAGACCAAGGUUUAACGACCAUUUCCAAGAGUGCCGCUGGAGCGUCGGCCAAACAGCCCUAUCUCCAUAAAAUGGAAGACCCCUACACGGAGGCCAAGAAAUCCUACAACCGUGUCAGCAAAGUGGACAAGAUAUCACGCAUAAUUUUCCCAGUUCUGUUCUUCAUCUUCAACUUAGGCUACUGGGCCACAUAUGUCAACAGAAAGCCCGCUAUCAUGAAGGCAAACAACUUAAACUGAGUUUGACCCAAUGCUAGGCUUGAUCUGGUUUGGUUUGGAGGGUAGACAGGUUUGCAGGAGGCCAAGUCCAUUACAUCUUAUUGUGUGUGUGCGCGUGUGUGUGUUUUGUGUGUGUCUGUUUUUUUCUUAAGCGUUGAUAUUUUUGCACGUCUAUUUAGAUGGAAGGCAAAUUUUAACAUACACUAGAUUCACACUGAGUAGUAGACCUUGGAAGAAGAACACUUUCACAUCAGACUGUGUUUGUGUAGCAUUUCUUCCCCC